GAGGUGGAGGGGCAGUGAUAAUGACAGAGCAAUCGGGGCAGAUAACGUGACAAGUGGGAUUGGUCCAAAGCUCAAUGUCGACUAGCACCUUGAAACCAGCAGACACGCAGACACACUGACUGACCCAAAGCGGAGAGAUAGAGGAGAGAAAGAUAUGAGAAAACAUAAAGAGGAAUAAAAAGAAACAGAGAAAAGGAGUAACGGAUGAGAUCCUCGGGAAGCACUGAAACAAGAGGAUAGACCGAGCCCAGAUACAGACGGACACGCUCUGGUUUCUAAGUUCUAGGAGAGAUGGACAUCCUGGAUACAUUCGCCUAUGACCAAAGAGAGCGCAGGAACACGUCCUGCCUUCUGUUUAUCUCUCUCUCCCCAUUCUUCCUGGCCAUCGCUGCCUACUUCUAUCUGUGGUUGCCUGACUCCUCCCCCUCCAUCCUCGCUGCAGCACUUAAGGCCUCCCCUGUCAUCUCGUUGGCUCUCCUGGUGCUCAGCUACAAAGGUGGGAGGAGUCUGUUCGGUGUGGCGGGGGGCCUGCUCUUGUCGGCGGGCGGCGACUGGUGCCUUAUAUGGCCCGAGCUCUUUAUCCAUGGAAUGGCGUCCUUCGCCAUGUCCCACCUCCUCUACUCCCUGACCUUCCUCUCCUCUCGGUACUCCACCACGUCCACCUCCUCCUACCUGGUCACCUUCUUCUACCUGCUCCUGUGGCUUCUCGGUGUGGGCAUGUACGCCUUCCUCUAUCCAUUCCUGCAGAAGAUGCCCGACGCGGCCGUCCUCACUCCGGGAGUCGGGGUGUACGUGGCCCUGCUCGUCACGAUGGCCUCGCUGGCGAUCCGCACGCGGCGCCCGCUCAUCAUACUAGGGAGUUUGAUUUUCAUGGCAUCUGACCUGACACUGUCACUGCGGACCUUCAAGGUAGUGGAACACCUGGAGCACGGCAGGCACGUCGUCAUGGUGACAUACUACCUGGCGCAGCUACUGAUCGCCGUGGGCGACAUCAAGACCACGGAGGACGGGGAUGAGUUUGCCAAAUUCAAGAAAACCUAGUAAAGGGGUUGUUGCAGAUUUUGGUCUGAGUUCCAAUUCUACACAUUUUCCCUGCGGGCACCCAUUAGGGGUGUGGCCAACAUUCUGGUCCCUGUACAUAGGCAGUCUCUGAGGGCCUCAAACAGUUUUCGAGGGCCCCUCUACAUAUUAGGGCCCUAUAUGCUUAGUACCCCAUUUCCCCUGUUCCAACGUCCCUGGCGCCAAUCAUUUGUAACUUUCUCGCAUUGAUUUUAGAGUGAUGGGAACUCCCUCCAGCAAAUGCGGACUUACGCUAAUCUUAUAUUUAUAAAUCAGAGGCAAUUGGAAGAGUUAAAAGCUGCAAUUGAAAGUUAACCUGAGUAGCAGACAGCUAAAAGAACUUCAGUAGGCUUAUGUAUUUUAAGAUCAAACCUAGGAUGACUGAAACUAGGGAUAUAAGAUUGCCCAAAGGAAACCUCCUUUUACAAAAACAAUCAAUUAUGUGGAAAGCUUGAUACAGUCCAUUUGCUCCCUAACCUGAGCUAUGGGUCUUGGGAGAGCCUGUAUUUAAUGUGAAUUGGACCAUAAAUAUCACAGAAAUCAGUCAAUUGAAUGCAAAUAUAACGUCGGUCCAACUCUCAGAAUAUGACUCGGUGGGAAAUGUAACUGCUCUCUUUCACAGACUGCUACAGAUAACGGCUCACAUGAGUGACAUGAUAGUUUGUCUGUGAAUUGUAUUAAAGAAACAACUACCUGUGAUACACUGGCUCAGGGCAGAAAAAUUUAUCAGAUACAUUCACCGUAACAGUCUGUUCAUAUUCCUUUAUUCUCAGAAAAUUAAGUCAGUUACACUCAAAUUUAUAAUGUGUAUUUAUUCAUAAUGAAAAUGAUGAAAAAUAAAGUUGGUUUCAUAAAAUGCUA